GCUCAAUUGAGUCCAGGAUCGGAGACAUUGCUUUCAAUCACAGCUCUUGCUCAACCAUGACUGUCAGCGAUUCUAACGGAACGGUUACGCUCGAACUGCCCAAUGGUGCAUCAGCUGAGAUAAAGCACUUUGGCGCCACUGUGAUUUCUUGGAAGUCGGCGGAAACGUCUGCAUCGAAAGAUGAGAUCAAAGAGCGUUUCUUCUUGUCAAGCAAAUCGGCGUUGGACGGUAGCAAGCCAAUUCGUGGGGGCAUUCCAAUUGUUUUCCCUUUCUUUGGUGGAGCAACUAGAGAGGAGCAUAAGCCAUUCUCAUCCCAUGGUUUUGCACGAUCGGAGAAAUGGGAGUAUGCAGGCGUUGUGUCUGAAUCGGAGGAGAAUGUAUCGGUCAGAUUCGUGCUUGAACCGAGUGCUGGUGUUGCGGCCAAGUACGAUCAGCCGUUCCUGUUGGAAUACAUUGUGACGUUGUCGCAAUAUCAACUCGCCACUGAACUACACGUUACGAAUCCAGCUACGGCAUCUUCACCUCUUGUUCAUCAAGCCCUUCUUCACAAUUAUAUUGCUGCCUCCCCCACGUCUACCAUUACAAUAUCACCGCUCACUAACCUAACGUAUGUCGAUAAGGCGAACGGUGGAGUGGAACAAGUUGAGAGUAGGAGAUUGGUGGAUGUCAAGUCACAUACGGACUCGGUGUAUAAGAGUGCGCCUGGUACGUAUGAGGUCAGAUGGGAAGGGGAAGGUGGGGGAGGGUUGGACAUCAAAACGAGUGGAUUCCCGGAUGUUGUUGUUUGGAACCCUCACGCAGAGGUGGGAUCGAAGAUUGGGGAUUUAGAAGAAGGAGGAUGGGAGAAGUACGUUUGUGUUGAGCCUGGUUUUGUCUCAUCGUGGAACACGCUUCAACCUGGAGAGAAGUGGGUGGGUUCACAGACACUCAUUCCAUUGUGACUACAUGGACCCGAAAGCAAGCUCUAGGAGGAAGUAUUCAUAGAUAGCUCAUUCACUUGAGGAAGCUAUGGUGCACAUGUCCGAUACGGCCUUGCAAUGGAGUUCAUGCCAUCGGCGAACAUCCCGCAAUCCUACUGCUGAUUUUUCGUGAAUCAAAGUAGAAUUGACAUGAGCGGGCUGACAA